UAAAAGAUUUUUAUAUCCGCAAGGUGUUAGAUCGAUGGUUGAUGGUAAGAAAAAUUAUUUUGAUUCAAUUAAAAGAAAACUAAUACGAGUAUCUAAAAUUAAAAAUUUUUAUUAUUUUAGCUGUUGAUAUGAUUGUUAAUGGGAAAGCACCAAAAAUUCCACAAUUUCAUGAAAUUGCAACAUAUGAUCCACCAAUGUUUAAAGAAGAAAAUCAAAUUAUUAAUCUUAAUCAAUCUGCCAGAAGAAUCUGGAAUUUUGUAAGAGGUUUAGAUUCAGUACCAGGUGCUAUAGCUUUUGUUGAUGGAACUGAUGAAAAAAUUCGUCUUUUUGGAGCUAGUUUAUAUUCUGGUGAAAUGAUAACCGGAUCUCCAUUAAUGUUAAAGGGUUUAAAGGAACCGGGAAUUAUACAUGAAAAUGGUCUGUUGUUAAAAGGAACAGAUGAUGCAUAUGUCAAUAUAAAACGCAUCAAGAAAGGAACUAAAAUGAUAGAAGCUAAAAAUUGGUUUAAAACACAAGAAAAACAAAUAGAAUUAGUUUUGACUGAAGAUGAACUACAUAAAAAGGAGAAUUUAAGAGAAAUUUGGAAUUCAAUUUUAAAAUUACCAAUUGAGAAUGAAACUGAUUUCUUUGCAAGCGGGGCCGGAUCAAUGGAUGUUGUUCACUUAAUUGAAGAAUGUAAAGAAGUUUUAGAUAUUUCAACACUUGAAAAUGAACAUCUCUUUAUGGCGCCAACAUUUGAAGAUUUUUUCACAGAAAUUGUAAAAAUGUUAAGAGCUGGAAAUAGCAAAAACGCUGCAAAAACAUAUUUCGAAGGAUUUACUCUUAAGGAGAAUAAACGAGAAAUACCUGUACCAACACAACUUUUUAUUAAUGGCCGUUUUGUUGAUGCCGAGAAUCGAGCUACCUUAGAUAUUGUUAAUCCAGCAACUGAACAAAUUUUAUGUAAAGUUGCUUGCGCCUCAAAGAAAGACGUUGAUAAAGCUAUCAAAGCUGCUCAUACGGCAUUUGAAGGCCCUUGGAAACAGGUUUCAGCCAGACAACGAGGCCAGUUAAUGAUGAAAUUGGCAAAUUUGAUGGAAGAGCACAAAGAAGAGUUAGCUACAAUUGAAGCUGCCGAUUCCGGUGCUGUUUAUACAUUAGCUUUAAAAACACAUGUAGGUAUGUCAAUUGACGUUUGGAAAUAUUUUGCUGGAUGGACUGAUAAAAUUCAUGGUUCUACAAUUCCUGUUAACCCAGCUAGACCAAAUAACGUUUUAACAUACACUAAAAAAGAACCUAUCGGGGUUGUUGGUCUUAUAACACCUUGGAAUUAUCCUUUGAUGAUGCUGUCGUGGAAAAUGGCUGCUUGUAUUGCUGCAGGCAAUGUUUGUGUUAUAAAACCGGCUCAAGUUUGUCCACUUACAGCACUCAAAUUUGCUGAAUUAUCAGUGAAGGCUGGUUUCCCACCAGGUGUCAUUAACAUACUCACAGGAAAAGGUAGUGUAGCCGGUCAAGCUAUUGCAGAUCAUCCGUUAGUGAGAAAAUUAGGUUUUACAGGGUCUACGUCAGUUGGUCAACAGAUUAUGACAUCAUGUGCAACAUCGAAUAUAAAAAAAUGUUCUUUAGAAUUAGGUGGUAAAAGCCCUUUGGUAAUAUAUGCAGAUUGUGAUUUAGAUAAAGCUAUUAAGCAUGGGGCAUCAUCAGUUUUCUUCAAUAAAGGUGAAAAUUGUAUAGCAGCUGGUCGUAUUUUUGUUGAGGAUAGAAUUCAUGAUGAAUUUGUUCAUCGUAUGAUUAAAUAUGUUAAGUCAAUGGUUAUUGGAGAUCCAUUUAAUCGUGCUACAAAUCAUGGACCACAAAAUCAUCGUUCACAUUUCGAGAAAUUAAUUGAAUAUUGUGAAAUUGGUAUUAAGGAAGGAGCAAAAUUAGUUUAUGGUGGUGGACCAGUACCAAACACAAAAGGAUUUUAUUUUCAACCAACAAUAUUUACAGAUGUUGAGGAUCAUAUGUUUGUUGCCAAAGAGGAAUCUUUCGGUCCUAUUAUGAUCAUUUCGAAAUUUAACUCAAGUGAUGUAGAUUUGGCAAAACGUUUUAAUAAUACUGAAUAUGGAUUGGCUAGCGGUGUAUUUACAAAUAACAUAAGUAAAGCAUUAAAAUUUGCUGAUACUGUUGAAGCUGGAACAGUUUUUAUUAAUGUUUACAAUAAAACAGAUGUUGCUGCACCGUUUGGUGGUUUUAAACAGAGUGGUUUUGGUAAAGAUUUGGGCGAAGAAGCUUUAAAUGAAUAUUUAAAAACAAAAUGUGUAACAAUUGAAUAUUAAUUUUUCUUUUCUUUUUGCUUCUAUAAUAAUUAUUUAUUUAUAACUAGAUUUUUAAUAUGUGAUGUAAGUUCUUUUUUAAAUAUAAUUA